AAAACACCGUGGGAUAGAAUAGCUACAUGGUGCUGUGAAAUGCACGCCACGCCCAUGACAUUCGUCGACACUAUUGGCUCGGAGGUUACAUAAGCGACCCUUGUCUACUUAACUACACUAACAGAUCUGGGUGAAUGAAGUGCCGGUUAUGGUUUAGCUUCCAAAAAAAGAGUGGCAAUGUCGAUGGGUCCGUCCCUCCCAAUAUUGAGGUCCAGAAUUUCCGUAAAUCACGACCUGGAUCAUGGCUGAAGAAUAUCGUCAUUUGGUCAUUCGGAAACCCGCUUCCCAGGGGUUCCUGGAAACUCGUGGGCCUGGGGACGGACUCAGCAACUCGGGGACUCCAGAACAGGUUGAGGGCUCAGGUGGCCAUUGACUAUUGCUCGUCCUGGAAUGGAUUGCAUUGCCCGAGCCGCGUGACCUGGAGCAAGAGCAGCAGCAGCACUAAGUGGCUUGCUGAAGGGGCCUACCUAGUACCAACCAGGAACCCGUUUUCCGUUGUCUUUUACCCAUCUUACAUAACCGACUUGCACCUGUGCCUGUCCAGCAGGCCAAUUAGCGCAGGGCAGCCCAGCAGCAGCCGUUUACCUCACACAGUCUCUCGACUGAAUUCCUCGAGUUUCUGUUUCACCUACACACCCGCCCUCCGUCUCAUUGGCCGCCGGCCGCACCUUCCUGCACUCCUUUCGACCUGCAGUCCCGUCUCCAUCCUGGAGUGUUCCAACCGUGCCAAAAGGGAAAGAGCACUCACGGACAGCCGAGUUCCCCCAGGUUUUUCCAGGAACUCAGGAGGACCCCAAGCGCCGCCGCCAUGAAUGGACUUUCCAGAACCAGACGAAAAGAUGGGGGCUUUUCCGUGGGAACCCUUUCCCCCAUUGGAGGAGCCCUCCUCUCUGGAUCCACUCCUGCUUCCAACUGCCUACGACAUUCAGAGUCCCACUCCCUCUAUCCCUCGGAACCCCAAAGAUAAGAUGCUCCCCAAUGCUGAUAACGGGUGGCGGGACCACCUCCGGAACCAGCGUUAUCUUGCAUCGUCGUUGAUGAGGUAGUUAGGUAGGUACCAGUAUCCCGGCCUGCGUCCUAGGUUUUUUGGCUUCUCGCCAAACGCUGCUGCUGUUCUGUCAUGUACGGA